CUUGUUUCUACACCGUAGCCUCAAUACAAAGAUGGAACAGCAGUUGUCCAGUGACAGCGACAGUACCAUUAUCAUUAAACCCACUUCAGCUGAUUCUGACAUGGAUACAAGUGUACCUGAGCUCAGAAGGACAGACAGUGUUAUUCUUACCAGACAAAUGCUUGGAUGCCCGUCUAUAUCAAGUUCUGACAUCAGUGAGGAAGAAUAUGCUCCUCAAACUGCUGAAGAAAGUGACAGUUCUGCAGAAAGUAUCAUACGACACAAAAAGAACGUAGCUGUUGACAGUGAUGCAUCAAACAGUGAAGAUGAGGAUAACACGAGUGUGACAGAUGCUGCGUCAUCUGCUGCGUCAUCUGCUGCGUCAUCUGCUGCGUCAUCUGCUUCACUCUCAUCUGCUUCACUCUCAUCUGGUUCACUCUUAUCGACAAAGUCUUCAGACAAAUCAAGGAUGAAAAAGAAUUCUACUACUGAAGUUGGACAAAACAAAUAUCCACAGUCAGACAAAGGAAUGUCAGAUGAAGAGAUGCCACUGAACAUUGAGGUCUGUGUUGAGUCGCACAAAAUAACGGGAGCAUCACAAACCACAAGAAGGAAGUGGACUGAAGCAGAAAUAAAGGCUGUGGAGAAGACUCUAAUGGAGUACAUCAGCUCUGGAAAGGUUCCUGGGAAGGCAGAGUGUCUCAAAUGUAUUGAGACUUCACCAUUAGCAUUGAAAGAGAGGCGUUGGGAGGAGUUAAGUUUUAUGUGA